CCCGGAAAGGGCGUGGUGGUUUCUCUGUCGGACCCGGAUGACCUCGGUUUGAACAAGAAAGCGAGGGAGACAUGAAUGUCUGAUGGCGUCUCCGCUCUUUCCAACCGACAAUGAGUUUAAAGAUUGGUGGCUCGCCAUUUUCCUGUGGGCUUUCGGCUCUUCCCUCAUCGUCCACUUUAUCGCCGGUAUUGUCGCAAGCUACCAAAUGAGAGGCAAACCGUUUGCUUUCUAUAUUCCUAUUUUAUUCGUGUUGUAUGGAGCUCUGACGAUCACGUUGUCGUCAUCGAUUUCUUCUGUUGUCAUCGUGAGCGUUUACAAAACAUCACUCUUUUCGUUGUCGCGAACGGAAAUGGUUGUGUGGGGAAUCGGGCAAACAGCUGGAGUCAUUCUAACGUCACUAUUUCAUUUUUAUCCUACGCUUUGACGUUACUCAAGUGUCUAGUGAUAGGGGAAAGUGAUGAUGCUCGUCUAACUAGCUGCUACAAAUCCAACCCCUCAAGCAAGAUGACAUCAUGGUACUAAAGAUGUCACUUGUGUAAUCCUCUGACAGCUUAUGAAGAUGUGUUAUACUGAUGUCACUAUACUGUUUGAGCUGUGAGCUCCAUAGUGUUUUGCAGGGAUUAGUGUGCAACUGCGCUACUGGUCACUGUCUUGUUUUUUUGUUGUUGUUGAGAACGUACAGUACUCAUGAUGUGUGAGAUUGAUGCUUGAUUCUAAUAACUAGGCUGUGGCUUCA